AUGGCAAAUAUUUUUACAAGAAAAAAAAUAUUUGGAAAAAAUACACCUCCUGAUUUUUUGGCUAAAAAUUUUCAGAUAACUGAUAACGAAUUUUUGGGUUUUAAUGAUAAUAUUUCUAUAUUUCAUCCAGGAAAAUAUGGUAAUGAGAUUGUUUAUGCUACAUCAUCAAAUAAUUUAGGAUUUAUAUGUUAUGAUGAAUCACCACCAAUCAUUAAAUUUGCAUAUACAAUUUAUAAAAUAUUUUAUAUUGAUAAUAUUGAUAAGAAAACAAUUGUAGUGAUAACAGGAUCAGGAAAAAAAGAUUUUAAAAAUAUAUAUAUUCUUAAUAGAGAUAUCCUUUUUUCAAUCAAAAAGUCACUUGAAAAUAAAAAUUGUAUGGAAAAUAUUAUAUUUAAUGGAAAUGAUAGUUAUGUUUUAUACAAGAAAGAAGAAAUAUUUAUGAUUUCAUGUUUGAAAAUAUAUUAUGAUAUUAAUUCAUUUUCUUUUUAUUAUGCAAAUGGAAAUGGACAUUUAAAUCGAAUUAUUGGUAAAGAAUGUUUAUUGAAAUGUGAUAAUAUUAAAAGAGAAAAAGAAAUAUCAUUUUUCUUUGAAACAAUAAAUAUUUCAAAUUUUCAUUAUUUUUGUAAAAAUAUUGAAUUACAAAAUAUGGCAAAUUUUACUAUUCAAAAUUUUUUUGUCAAUGUUAUGAAAAUUGAUUCAAAAAAAGAUGAGAUAUUUAUAGUAAUUGGUGAUAAUAUACUUUUUAGUACAAUUUUUGGAUCAAAAAAAUUAAAUAUUGAAUAUUGGGAAUGUAAAUGUUCUAUUGUCAAAGUUGAUUAUGAUAGAUAUAAUGAUGCAAUAGUUGUUGUAACAUCAGAUACUUCAACAUACCUAAUUGAUGGUAAAAAUAUUAAUGAAUUCAAUCAUAUAACCAAUAAAAGUAAAUUAUUAAAUUUAGAAAAAAACUAUUUAGAAAUAAGUCACAAAAAUAUAAAAGAUUUUUUUUUUAUAAAUACAUUAACCAAUAUCAAUAAUGAUAACAAAUUAUGUUGUCCUUAUAUAAUUUUUGAUGACACUAAAAAUUUAAAAAAAAUUCAAGAAUACUCAAAAUGUUUAACAAUUUUUAAUACCAAAAAUAUUGGAAAAAAAUAUAUCAUUGAAUCAGAAAUAUAUGAUUAUCAUGUUACAAGUAAGAAAGAAUUUGAUAAUGAUAAUUUAAAUUACAACAAUAAUGACGAUAUAUUAUUUAUUCUUUGUCGCAAUGAAUUUAUUCUUAUUGACUUGAAUGAUGAUCCUUAUUAUAGAGAAAUACAUCCAGGUUUACUUUUAACAUUAGAUCAUCACACAGUUACAAAAACUGUAUUUAUUGAUAAUGUUUCAAAUGAAAUAUUUUCAAGAUUAAUUUGUUUACAAAAAAACACUUUUACAGGUAUAAAAUAUACAAGAAUGUUCGAAUUUCCAACAUCAAAAAUAGAAAAAGAAAGUUUAACAAAACAUAAUAAUUUAUUAUUAAUUGGAUAUGGAAAUGGUGAAGUAUAUUUUUUUAAAUUAAUGAAAAAUAAUUUUAAAUAUAUUUUCAAAUUGGAUACAAAAAAUAUUUUUGAAGAUGGUAUUAAUAAAAAACUUGAUAUUGAUGAUGAAUUAGAAAAUUUAUUUUUACCAAAUUUAAAUUAUGGAGGUGUAUUUGAUGAUUAUUUGGAUUCAGAAAAUCUAGCUAUAACUUCACUUUAUUUUGUCAAAGAAACAGGUGAAAUAUUUAUUGGUAAUCAUGGUGGAUAUGUUUUAAAAUUUAAUCUUCCAUCAGGAGAAGAACGUUCAAUUGAUUCAUGUAAUUUAUCACAAAUAAUUGUUUCAAAAUCAAAUUUACAAUUACCAAAAGGAGCUAUAAGUAAUGUUAAUGAUGAAUUAAUAAUUAAUAAAGAAUAUUUACAACCAUCUGAUAAUUAUCAGUUAAAUGGUAAUUGUACUAUAAAAGGUGAUGGUUCUAAAAUAACAAAAUUAGUAUAUGAAAAAGAUGAAAAAAUUUUGGUAAUUGGUACAGAAUUUAGUUUACAUAUUUAUAGUUAUAAAAAAAAUAAAAUAAUAUUUGAAACAGUAACUUUUACACAAAGUGAAUUAUCUUAUCUUUCAAAUGCACCUUUAAGCCGUUUUAAAAGUUUAAAAAAAUCAUUAAGACAAACAUUUCGUAGAAAACAAAAAAUUGAUUUUGAUGGUAAUAAAAUUUUUGAAAAUGACAAUUUUCAUUCUGUAGAAAGACAAAUAGAAUCAAGAGCAAUAUCUAAAACUAUGGAUUGUUUAUUAAGUAAAGAUCCAUGUGUUGUUGAUAUUGUUAUUGCUAAAGAAUCAUUUCAUCGUGAUUAUAUAUUAAAUAUAUAUGUUGGAUUAUAUAAAGGAGAGAUUCAUUGUUUUACUUUAACAGAUAUUAUAAAUGGUUGUUAUAGGAAUGUCUUUCCAAAAGAUACAAUAUUUUAUAAACAUUCAGCACCAAUAGUUAAGAUGAAACUUUUUACACUACCAGGUGAUAUAUGUCCAAAUAAAUUAAUAAUAGCUAAUGAAGAACGCAUUUUUACAAGACCAUUAUUAUGUUCAAAAGUUCGCAAAGACAAUUAUAAAUGGAAAAUAACAACAUUCACUGGAUGUAGAGUGAAAGAUUUUAAUAUUUAUAAUAUUUGUACAAAUGAUAUUUUAAUAUCUGCCUCGUUAAGUGAUGGAACAAUAUGUAGUAUUGUAUUAAGUGAUAAAAAAAAAUAUGCUUUAAGAAGAUUUGUUGAUGAAAGAAAUAAAAAUGCUAUUUCAACAGCAAUGUUAUUAUCUACUGGAGAACUUAUCCAUUACAACAAAAGAGGAUGUUUAAUUUUAAAAAAACAAUUUUUAAAUUAUAAUGAAAUACUCUUUUGA